CAUACAAUCCACGAGGUAGGAGAAAACAACAUCGAAUUUCGGUGCCUCUUUUAACGUGCCAAAAAUCUGUGUUCUUUUUUCUCUCUUUCUUUCGACAGUCACACACACUCACUCAUUCACUCCUUUUCAUGCUUUUCUCUUCUCUCUACUCCCAUCUUUAAACCUUUUUCACACUCUUCUUCACCAAAAACGAAAACUCUUUCUAAAACAAACCCAUUUUCCCCCAAGAUAUGGGCGCUUCUGGCAACAAUUUGCUUCAAGUUGUCCUCAAAAACUUCGACGUUCUUGCUCUGCCUUUGGUGACCCUCGUUUAUCCUCUAUAUGCUUCUAUCAAGGCCAUUGAGACCAAGUCUAGUGUUGAUGACCAACAAUGGCUUACUUAUUGGGUUCUCUACUCUUUGAUCACACUCUUCGAGCUUACGUUUGCCAAAGCUCUUGAACUGCUUCCAAUUUGGCCUUAUGCAAAGUUGAUACUGAGUUGUUGGUUGGUUCUUCCUCACUUUAAUGGAGCAGCCCAUGUUUAUAGACAUUAUCUUAGACCAUUCUACAUGAAUCCACAAAUGCCACAAAUGCCACAAAUACCAGGAACAUCUCAAAUGUGGUAUGUUCCGCGGAAGAACAUAUUUAGUAAACAAGAUGAUGUUCUUACUGCUGCAGAGAGAUAUAUGCAAGAACACGGAACAGAAGCAUUUGAAAGACUCAUUACCAAGACUGACAGAGAAGCUAGAGCAAGAAGGAGCGGAAACUACAUGAUCUUUGAUGAUGAUUAUAGAUAUUAAUUGUUUUAACCAAGGGACAUUAUAUUAUGAUGUUUUUCACCUUUAGUGUCACUUUAAUAGUUAACUAUGUGCCAAAUUGUACUGUAAUCUAAUUAGUAAUAUUGCAGGCAUGGCGGGAUUGGAUUGAUCAACAGGUAUCUAUAAUCAAAUUAGUGAGUGUUUGUUUAGUAAAAUACUUCAUAUAAUAUUCUCUGUAAGUUGUACUGAUUUUUCUUUAAAUUAAUAGGGAGGUAUCAUUCUUGCUAUUGAGAAAAA